GAAAAAACUCAACCUUUUCUCGUCAAUCGCCAUAAUCACAUUUCCGAUCCAAAAUCGUGUAGAUUUUCUGUUUUGAAUCAUGAAAGGGGUCGAUCGUUCGAGCCCAAAAAUACCAUGUUGGCGCCUUACGAGGGAAAAAGGAAAAAUAUGCAGGCCCGGCGUUUGAUUAAAUGCGAACUUGGGCUAAUUGUUCUGAAAUUGAGAUGACGAUUAGGAGUCAUACAUCGUGACAAGAUCAUUAAUAAUCGCCGGAAAACGUUGAUUCACGGUCGGGAACGGAAGUAUGGCUAGCCCACGUGCACGAGAUAAGGUACCAAAAGAUUUGGAGUUGAUGAAGGAAAAAUUUGCAAAGUUGCUUCUGGGUGAGGAUAUGUCUGGUGGGGGAAAAGGUGUUUCUUCAGCUUUGGCUUUGUCAAAUGCAAUUACAAACUUAGCAGCUUCUGCAUUUGGUGAGCAGAAAAAGCUAGAGCCAAUGGCAGCAGAUACCAAAGCAAGAUGGAAAAAAGAGAUAGAUUGGCUCUUAUCUGUCACCGAUUACAUUGUUGAAUUUACACCUUCGAAACAAACGAAAGAUGGAGUCAGCAUGGAGAUCAUGGGAACAAGGCAGAGAAAUGAUCUUCACAUGAACAUUCCCGCCUUACGCAAGCUCGACUAUAUGCUCCUUGAAUGUCUAGACAACUUUAAAGACCAAAACGAGUUCUACUACGCGUCAAAGGAUGACGAGGACUCUAAGGAUGGAAAGAACCAAAGAAAAGACGACAAGUGGUGGAUUCCAGUCCCAAAAGUCCCGCCAAAUGGCCUUUCAGAGGCUACGAGAAAAUGGUUGCAGUAUCAAAAGGAUUCGGUCACCCAAAUACUAAAAGCGGCCAUGGCUAUAAAUGCUCAGGUCCUUACAGAAAUGGAAAUUCCAGAAAAUUACAUCGAGGCACUACCCAAGAACGGGAGAUCAAGUCUGGGGGACUCUAUAUACAAGAGCAUCACGGAUGAUUUCUUUGAUCCAGACUACGUGCUAUCCACCCUAGACCUGUCCACGGAGCAUAAAAUCCUCGACCUCAAGAAUAGAAUAGAAGCAUCAGUAGUGAUCUGGAAGCGAAAAAUGAACGUUAAGGAUAGCAAGUCAACUUGGAGCUCGGGCAUCAAAUCCGAUAAAAGAGAACUUUUCGAAGAUAGGGCCGAGACUUUUUUGCUUAUCCUCAAGCAUCGUUUUCCUGGGCUUCCCCAAUCUGAACUGGACAUCACCAAAAUACAGUAUAACAAGGAUGUGGGCCACGCCAUUCUCGAAAGCUACUCCAGGAUUAUUGAGAGCUUGGCGUUCACAGUCCUCUCGAGAAUAGAUGAUGUCAUGCAAGCCGACAAGCUGGCGGCCUCCGAGCAGAAGAAAACGACCCCAAAAGACGAGCCCGAUAGGCUGAGCUGUGCCGAGACCCCGACUUCAAAGACUUUGCUCGAUUUCAUGGGCUGGAAUUUGGACCGUGAAGAUACUGACAUCAAGAAGGACUCCCAAGACAAGCCCAUUGAGGCCCAGCCUCUCGACAAGCCCGAUAACAUUAUCACGAACAAGAAGGUAUCUUACAUUGAGAGAUUACAAAAUCUUGGCAUGCCCAGAAGCCCAACCGAACGGCAUUGACAUUUAAUUAUGGAAACUAGUCGAGUUAUAUACAGUUUCUCUCUUUUUUUUUUCUAUGGAUAGGAUUGUUAGGUUUGAUGGGGUAAUUUUCGGAAUGUACGCUUAGAUAGAUAGUCCGAUGAGUCGUGUGGAUGAGUGGUUUUGGAAUAUUUGAUUUGUAGAUCAUUUUGACAGUUGAAAUUUGAAACCAACUUUGAAUGAGAGUUAUAAAAGAUGUGACUUGCAGUGUUUGCAAGCAAGCUCAUCAUAUUUUACAUACAAUGCUGUUUGAAACUCAUAUAAUGAAUUUGGAUUCGAAAAGAUUAGAUUUUUCCACGCGGGCCGGGCUUGGGUGGGAGUUGCGGGCCCUUGACGAUGGGGAGAACAUCUCCGGUGGCCUGAG